AUGUGUUACUACUACUACCCCGCUGGCCGCUCCGUGGAGAGCGGCCGAGCCGAGGCCGCCAUGAAUGUGACUAACGCUGAUAAAGACAAAGUUGUCAGUGAUGAAAAUUACGACACAUUUCGUGAUGAUAAAAUACUGAAGACUGAGAGAUCUAUCGACGAUAUCCCUAAGAGAUUUCUAGAAGAUAUGAGUGACUAUGAGUGGCAUAUAGCACAUUUGAAAGAUAAAGAAUUAGCUAGCGGCAGGCGCCAUUGCAAGGAAACAUUUGAAGAUAGAGUGAAGAAGUAUAAGAAAAUGCUGGCGAACGAUGCAUCUCGUAUAGAGUUUGUUUCAGCGGACGCUUUGCAAGUUGACGAAAAAGAUCUGAUCCCUGAAAAAUGCGAGGAAAUAGAUGAAGGGACUAGUAAGAGUAUGAAUUCUACAAGUGGUAUGAAUUUGACAACUACGGAUAGCGUUGAUAAUGAGAGAUUAGAAGUAACAAAUUCCGCUACUACAGCGAAAAUUAAAGGGAAAAAGGGUCGUGCAAAGACGAAGAAAAAGAAAAUGGACGACGGCCAGCGUCGCGCCAGCGAAUACCUCUUCAGCUCGGUGGAGUACUAUGACGAGGUGCCUGACUUCGACGGCACCGUCUGCCCUGACGCUGUGGAGGUCAUCAAGCUGGAGAUGGAUUCCAUCAGGCCUUACGACGUGGACUGCGAACUCAUGCUGCAGUGGCAUAGUUUGAGAUAGAUCCGUGUUAGAUACUUUUAUUUCAUUUGUAUUUCAUUUCAUUGUAGGUACUUACUUUAUUUUCAUUUUGUUGUGUUUUAUAUAUACACUAGCGACCCGCCCCGGCUUCGCACGGGUGCAAAAUUAUAAAUGUUAUUAUACAUAAAAACCUUCCUCUUGAAUCACUCUACCUGUAACAAAAAACCGCAUCAAAAUCCGUUGCGUAAUUUUAAAGAUUUAAGCAUACAGACAAACAGACUAAA